AUCGUUUUAUUUCUUCCGGGUAGCAAGCUCGACUACGACGCGUGAACGCGCCGCUCAGUCUCCGGCGAAACAGUAAAGGAGGGGGAUUGCUCAGGCAGCACAGCUCCUCCUUGUGUCUGUGAUGGCGAGCCUUCUGCGCGUGGUUGCUGCCAGUUGCUCCAGCCCCUUGUUCAGUGGGGUGUCUUGUGUGAAGCUGCAGAGCACCAGGACGGUAAAGACGCCAUGCCUGCGAUUCUUCAGGACCCACCAGGCCCUCGGCUGCAGCGCCAGUCCAGGUGUCCCUUACAAGCAGCUGACGGUGGGUGUGCCGAAGGAGAUCUUCCAGAAUGAACGGCGUGUGGCGCUGUCCCCCGCCGGGGUCCAGGCCCUCAUCAAGCAGGGCUUCAAUGUAGUCGUGGAGUCCGGAGCGGGAGAAUCCGCCAAGUUCUCCGAUGAACAGUACGCCCAGGCCGGGGCAACCAUCAAGGACACCAAGGACGUGCUGUCCUCUGACGUGUUGGUCAAGGUGCGCGCCCCCGUGUUUAACCCCGCGCUGGACGUCCAUGAGGUGGAUCUCAUGAAGGAGGCAGCCACCCUGGUUAGCUUCAUCUAUCCGGCCCAGAACCCUGAGCUGAUGGAGAAGUUGUCCCAACGCAACGCCACUGUCCUGGCCAUGGACCAGGUGCCACGUGUCACCAUUGCCCAGGGCUACGACGCUCUUAGUUCCAUGGCCAACAUUGCUGGCUACAAAGCCGUAGUGCUGGCAGCAAACCACUUUGGCCGCUUCUUCACUGGUCAGAUUACUGCAGCUGGGAAGGUCCCCCCAGCAAAGGUGCUGAUCAUUGGAGGCGGAGUGGCGGGGCUGGCUGCUGCGGGCACUGCAAGGGCCAUGGGGGCAAUUGUCAGGGGAUUCGACACAAGAGCUGCUGCCCUGGAACAGUUCAAGUCCCUGGGGGCUGAGCCUCUGGAAGUCGAUGUGAAGGAGUCCGGGGAAGGCCAGGGUGGUUAUGCCAAGGAGAUGUCCAAGGAGUUCAUCGAGGCAGAGAUGAAGCUGUUUGCCAAGCAGUGUCUGGAUGUUGACAUCCUCAUCAGUACUGCACUCAUCCCAGGUCGGAAGGCGCCCAUCCUGAUCACCAAGGAGAUGGUGGAGAGCAUGAGGGACGGCUCAGUGGUGGUGGACUUGGCGGCAGAGGCGGGGGGCAACAUUGAGACAACAGUUCCAGGAGAGCUGUCUGUCCACAAGGGGGUGACCCACAUUGGCUACACAGACCUGCCGAGCCGCCUGGCCACCCAGUCUAGCACUCUUUACUCCAACAACAUCAUCAAGCUGAUUCGUGCUAUCAGUCCAGACAAAGAGAACUUCUACUUUGAUGUGAAGGAAGAAUUUGAUUAUGGCACCAUGGACCACGUGGUCCGCGGCUCUAUUGUCAUGCAGGAUGGGAAGGUACUCUUCCCAGCACCACAGCCCAAUAAUAUCCCAGUGGCAGCACCACCAAAACCCAAGAGUGUCCAAGAGCUGGAGGCAGAAAAGAAGGCCUUAAUCUCACCUUUCAGGGCCACCAUGACCACUGCUGGCCUUUAUACUGGAGGACUUGCCACCAUGUUAGGUCUGGGCAUCAGUGCUCCUAAUGCUGCCUUCACCCAGAUGGUGACUACCUUUGGCCUGGCAGGAAUUGUGGGAUACCACACCGUGUGGGGCGUCACACCUGCCCUGCACUCCCCUCUUAUGUCUGUCACCAAUGCCAUUUCAGGUCUGACCGCUGUGGGGGGGCUGUCCCUUAUGGGGGGCGGGUACACCCCAACCAGCACUGCUGAGACCUUGGCCGUCCUGGCUGCCUUCAUCUCCUCUGUCAACAUUGCUGGUGGAUUCCUGGUCACACAGAAAAUGUUAGACAUGUUCAAACGCCCCACUGACCCCCCGGAGUACAACUACUUGUACCUUCUGCCCACCGGGGUGUUUGUGGGAGGCUACGGCGCCGCCCUGCAGAGUGGCUACAACAUUGAACAGAUGAUGUACUUGGGUUCAGGUCUGUGUUGCGUGGGUGCUCUGGCGGGACUCUCUACCCAGUCCACAGCCCGCCUGGGAAACGCACUGGGCAUGAUUGGCGUGGCAGGGGGCAUCGCCGCCACCCUGGGGGCCCUUAAGCCCUCCCCUGAACUGUUGGCACAGAUGAGUGCUGCCAUGGCAGUAGGUGGCACUGCUGGUCUGACCAUCGCCAAGCGGAUCCAGAUCACAGACCUGCCCCAGCUGGUGGCUGCGUUUCACAGCUUGGUGGGCCUGGCUGCGGUGCUCACCUGUGUGGCUGAAUACAUGGUGGAGUACCCACACUUUGCCACGGACCCCUCUGCCAACCUCACUAAGAUUGUGGCUUACCUGGGAACCUACAUCGGUGGAGUCACCUUCAGUGGCUCUCUGGUUGCCUACGGCAAACUGCAAGGGGUUCUGAACUCCGCUCCCCUGAUGCUCCCAGGACGCCAUGCACUCAAUGCUGGUCUGAUGGCUGCCAGCGUGGGUGGCAUGAUCCCAUACAUGUUGGACCCCAGUUACACCAUGGGCAUGACCUGCCUGGGCUCCGUUUCUGCCCUCUCCGCCGUCAUGGGUCUGACACUGACCGCAGCCAUCGGUGGCGCGGACAUGCCUGUGGUGAUCACGGUAUUGAACAGCUACUCUGGGUGGGCGCUUUGUGCAGAGGGCUUCCUGCUUAACAACAACCUCCUGACCAUCGUAGGGGCACUGAUUGGGUCCUCCGGAGCGAUUCUCUCCUACAUCAUGUGUGUGGCCAUGAACCGUUCUCUGGCCAAUGUCAUCCUGGGUGGCUAUGGAACCUCCUCCACGGGGACAGGGAAGCCCAUGGAGAUCACUGGCACCCAUACAGAGGUCAAUGUGGAUCAGACAGUGGAGAUGAUCAAGGAGGCCCAGAACAUCAUCAUCACACCAGGCUACGGUCUUUGUGCUGCCAAGGCUCAGUAUCCCAUUGCUGAACUUGUGAAGAUGCUGCAGGAUCAGGGAAAGAAAGUCAGGUUUGGCAUCCAUCCUGUUGCCGGGCGAAUGCCAGGACAACUCAAUGUACUCCUUGCAGAAGCGGGAGUGCCCUAUGAUAUUGUUUUGGAGAUGGAGGAGAUCAACGAGGACUUCCCUGAGACUGACCUCGUCCUGGUUAUCGGAGCAAACGACACGGUGAACUCUGCUGCCCAGGAAGACCCUAACUCCAUCAUCGCUGGCAUGCCUGUCCUGGAGGUUUGGAAGUCCAAACAGGUGGUUGUGAUGAAGAGAUCCCUAGGAGUUGGCUACGCAGCCGUGGACAACCCCAUCUUCUACAAGCCCAACACGGCCAUGCUCCUGGGAGAUGCCAAGAAGACCUGCGAUGCCCUGCAGGCCAAGGUGCGCGAGAGCACCGCGUAACCUGGAGCCGCUCACGGGAGCCCUCAGCGCAGGAAGACCUGUGGCCCUGUGCUCCACACAGAGGGCGUCUGCAGGGUAGGUCGAAGCAAGCAGCGGCCACAAAACUCUAGAAACGGUCUUCAUGCUGUUACUCUCCUGGCAAGUUUUCUCUUCCAUUUUUGAUCAUCUAUUUGGUUAUUGUUAUUAUUAUCACCAUUAUUGUUUUUAGUUAUUAGAUACAAUAUUUAGGUUAAGAAACUUUUUGUUUUGUGUUGAGCGUUCCAACAUUUGCAUCACCUUUCCCCUUGUAAAUCUUUAGCAAAAAAAAAAAAAAAGAGAAGAAAAAAUGACAGCAGGGGUACAUUUUAUAGAGAUCUCUGAUAUCGAUUAAUAUAGCAGUUCCUUUUUUUCCACACUGAAGCAAUUACAAGUAUCUAAACAGUGUAGAUUUGCAAUCUUACAGGACUAAGAACUUGCAAGUUAUAUGGUGUUUUAAUGCUCUGUAAAGCCAUAGACAGUACUAUAAAGCUGUUAAGAGAUCAUGUCAGCUUUUUUUCCUUUUCUUGAAUAUAGUAUUUUGUGAAGUAGCCAUGUAUUACGUAGCCAUUGUAUUUGUGACAAUGUUACACGUGGUUAUAUCCUUGUUAUGGAGGAAAACUUGAACAAUACAUUAGAUGCCCAUUUUCAUGAGGAUGCCUAUUUUAUUUUUUUUUUCAUGGUCUUGAAGGUGUAGUGGUCAGAUGAAGUAAGUCUAAGUUCAUUUAAUAACAGAGAGAGCAGAAACAACCGAGGUUACCAUAUACAGCUUUUUGAAGUCACAGUAUUUCCUACUGGAUCAGACAACAUCUUCGUUGUGAAUAAAUAUUCCCAGCUUUCUAAACUAUUUUCUGUACAUUUGUGCAAAAGAUAUUAGUUCUAAGCACCCCCCACCACAGCCACCAUUCCAUGCUCCAGAAAAACUAAGUCUAUACAGAUUUAAUCUUCCUCUGUAUUUAAACUCAUUUAAACAGUGACACAGGGACCUAAUGCAAUACAUCACAACAGAGAAAAUAGUCUAUCAACAUUACCAUGACAACAGUCCUACCUCUCCUAUGUUCUUAACCUGACCAAUUUACUCUUCCAUUACAUUCGUACAAAAUAUUUGUGUCAGUUGUUAUACAUCUUCAUAAUUCAUAAAUAUACUUAAUUAUAAUUUAUUCUUCUUUACACUGAGCUGCAUGAUCACAGACCCACAGUUUUGAUCAUUGUCUUGCUGGGGAUAUUGAAUACCAUUUCACGUUUAGAAACAGAGCAACAAAUCAUUUCUCGAUUAGGGAGGGCUUGUUUAUUUUACACUGGCUUUAAAUUGAUAGAUAAAUUGGUACAUGUGGUGCUUGUAUGUUCACUUGUAGAUGCCUAAAAACAGUGUCCCCUUGAGAAAGAGAAAGAGAAUGACUUGAGAAAAGGGAAGAUUUUGAGAACUUUUGGAGAUUUACCAGUGUCACUUUCCCCCCGUCUCUUCAAGAGUAUUUUUAUAUAGAAAAAGUCCAUAUUGUGUAGGUACAUUCAUUCUGUAAUAUCUGGAUUUGUAGCAAGAAAAAAAAAAACAAAAUUGAUAAAAAAUGCCUUCUGACAUUUCAUUUUGCCAUGGUGUGGAGACAAAUAAAAUACUGUGAAUGUUUAUCUCCAGUUUAUCAUGGAAUGUUACCCUAAAUAAACAA